AUGGCAACGAGAGAGAAGAAGGCCCGAUCCGUGACAGCCGAUUCUCCGACACCAUCCCUCGGCAGUGCGCACGGUGGCAGCGGUAGCUAUCUAAACAGUGGCGGCAGCACCACCACCCUUGUGACCGGUUCUACUACCACUGCGACGACGGGCAACGCACUGACGUUGACGACGGUCGGUGGUAGCGGUGGCGGUGGUAGCGUAUCCGCUCCAACAACACCGACGUCCACCCGGAAACGACUGGCCAGCACGGGCAAUGCAAGCAACAACAGCACCGGCGGCGGCGGUAACAGUGGCCUGGGCAGUAGUGCCAGUAGCGCCAGCGUUGGCAGCAUAUCGAGCACCCGUGGAUCCUUGAGCAGGCUAAAGUCGAAGCAGCUGCUGCAAACGGCCGCCGGUGCCAGUGACGAGACGGUGCACGAGGACACACCAACGACCGGUGACGGCGGCGGUUCACUGUUGGCCGUCGUUUCCACGACACCACGGACGACGCGUGGUGGAACGUUGCGUGAGGAAUCCUCGCCAUCGUCCGGCGAUGUGAGUUCCACGUCCGUCGGCCCGACGUCCUCGUUGGAGCGUGGCGAGGAUCGAACCCAGGCCGCGGCGGCGGCGGGAUCAUCGUCGGCAGGCGGUGGUGGAUCGUUGCUGAAGGAUCAAACCAAAUCUCCCGCCAUCGGUGCGCGGCGUGCUGCGGCGGCGAUCGCCGCCAAGAAGUUUACCGGCGGGGCAUCGCCGGCCGCCGCGAUCGGUGGCGCCACAUCAACUACCUCCACGCGGGCCACCACCGAUCGGAAGCAUCGUCGGGGGCUUGCGCUGAAGCGCACCACGCUGCUGAAGCGCAAGGGAAAGAAAAUCAUCGUUAAGCCGGUGCUCGGCCGGAAGGGUGGUGUCGCACGCCGGGCACUGGUUGCCGCGGUGGCCACGAAAGUAACGGCGGGGCCAAGCGCUAUGCGGGGCGCGACGGGGGUCAAAAAGGACCCCGCGCCAUCGACGGUGCGAUCAGAGGAAGCACUAACCGAGCAGCGUACGGCGACACCGAGCUUGCGGAAUGGUAAACCACGCAACUCGGACAGCCCGGUGCCGAAGCGGAAAGCGGCCACUGGGGGGAAGCCGGAACCGCAGGUCCACAAAUCUCCCGAUAGUUCGUCCGGUGCCGUGACAGCAACACGCGCCGGCGACACGAUCCGACAAGCCGAGCCGAUGGCGGAGGACGGCGGCGACCAUGACGGCGAUGACGCAACGGCGGCAUCCGCGGUGGUGGUAGCACCCAGCCUAGACAUCAAGCGUGAGCUGAUCGAUGCGGACACGAAAACCAAGUCGUUCGUGUUGGACAAAAUGUCGGAGACGUUCAACGAGCGGAAGGGCGUCGUAUCGCCGGUCGUGAGCGAGAAAGGUGGGAACACGCUGCUGCGGCGCAGCAUGCGCCAGCGGAAGAGUACGGCACGGGACAAGGAAGACUUUGUCAGCCCACGGCAGAAACCACCGGGGGCCGCCACGAUCGUGAUCAAAGUCGAACCGACCGAACGGUGCGAUUCGGCGAUGGGCGAACCACUGGAAGCGGUGGCGGACAGACAGUCACCGGUGGCGGUACCGGCUGUGGCACCGGCGGAUCGACCACUGACGAUUGAUACGACCGAUGAGCGGCGAGUAGUAGCACCGAAGGACGGCGCGGUCGCGGACGACUCAGUCACAUCCACCCCGUGUGGUGGUGAGGAUGUACCGCCGGAAGCUACAGCCACCGUGGCCAGCGGUACCACCGUGGUGGAGCUUGUGGAAGAAAAGGACACGUCGUCGCUCAGCCCGGAGCUGGUCAGUGAGGGCGUGUCGGAGCUGAGCGUGAAGGAGUGCUACGGGGAGCCUGCCUUUCUCGAGAACAAUCUCGGUAUCGAGAAGGACCCGAAGCUGGGCGAGAUCGUGCAGGAACGCUUCUGGUACGACAAGGUUAGUGGGGACGAAGUUAGUAGUGGUGGUGCUUGCGAGGAGGGAGCCGAGGUGGAGGAGGAAGUGGACGCAAAACGAGAGCAGGAGCUACCCAUGGAUCGUAAAGAUCCGGAGAAGGAGACAGAGGAACGAGAGCAGGGCAAGGAGAAGGCACAUGAGGAGCAGGAGGAGGGAAGUGAGGAGAAAGAGGACAAAAUGAUCGUCGAUCUAGCGCCGGAAGAUCUAGACGAGCACGACGAUGUUGUCGAAGUGCAGGUGGCGGCCCAUGAUGAUGAUCCCAUGAUCAUCGAUGACGAUCAACCGAUCGCCGUAGUAGUAGUCGAGGAGCACAGCAACGGAGGUGAUGAUCAAGAGGUGGUGGUGACGAAAAACAGUGACGUGAUGGAGCAGGAUCACGAUCUCGAUGCUGGUGGUGUUAGUGAACCGAAUGAAGAUCAGCCGCAGCCCGACGAGGCAGCGAUGGAUCCGAUCCCGAAUGGCCCAGCAGUGACCGUGCAGCGCUCAUCAUCCCCCUCAGUGGCCGAGGAAGAGGACGUGGCCAUUGUGGAUGUACCGUCACCGGUGAUGGUGGCGUCAUCAAAGACUGAAACGGUGGAGGAUGUUGCUGCUUCACCGUCGGCCCCGGCACGGGUGGCUGAUACCACCACCACCACCACCCCGCCGGUGGUCGUUAUUGACGACGGUGAGGACGACGACGACGAUGUGACGGACAAGUCCGAUCAGGAAGCUGGCGGUAGCGGCGAUACGAAGACUGAAAACGUUUCAAAAACGGCAACUCAACCCGGCAGUUCCGGCGAUAAACAUCACCGCGGUGGUUCACAGUCCCCGAGGGCGAACGGUGACAGUAGUGGAAGCGAAAAAUCGUGCUCCAGCAGCAGCGGCCAUCAAACAGGAGCUGCGGCGGCAGCGUCGGCAGCCCGUACAGGCGGCGCGAAAGCAAGCGCGACCCCAGGAGCCGCCGCCCCACCGAAGGCAAAGGCCGGAGGCACCCCGCAAGGGUCGCACGGGAACGGCAAGGGCGCGAAGGGGGGUCGCACCGCCAAGGAGAAGCCGAAGGAGGACGAAAGAACGCGCGAAGAAAAGCUGCGCCAGGAGAAGCUGCGCGUCGAGGAGAAGGUGCGCGAGGAGAAGCGGCGGGCCGAGCGGUUGGAAGCGGAGAAGCGUUUGCUUCUGCACGAACGGAAACCGGUGGAAAAUGGAGCGCUGGUGGUGGAAGACGGGCGAGCAUCGAACGCUGGUAGCCAUCCAUCGAGCCCGAUAAGUGGCGAUGGCGAAGGCGAACGGAAACCAGAAGGCGACAGUCCGACUCCGGUGCCCGCCGCUGCUACGCUUAUCUCGCUCGGGGCGCUCAAUUUACCGGCCAUCACGAUUGUCAAGAAGGACAACAACGAAGCCACCCCGACAACCGUCAAGGACGAAGAUAAGGAGCCAGCGGCGACCCAAAAGCCAAAGGCGGCCGCAAAGCUGGAAAUAGUGCCGCUCAAGAAGGAGUCGUCGGCGUCGCCGUCGCCACCGCCAACCAUUGGUCCGGCGGCGAAGGAUGAGAAACCGACCAAGCCGGACACCACCAAGGGGUCCGGCGAUUCCGUCGAGUCACCGUUGCAGAUCAUUUCCAAGAGUGAAGCGGCCGCCGCUGCCGUAACCGUGACGAAGACGCUCAACGGGAGCGGCAACAACAGCAGCGGUGGCGGCGCGUCGGAUGAAGACCCGAAGGAGCUUCUGACCGGCGGCAGCAGCAGCCGCAAACGCACCCCGGAAGUGGUGGCCCAGCUGCCGGCGGAACCGGCGGCCACAUCUCCGUCGGCCGCCGGACUCCUAGAGGAAUCCGAUGACGUGGCGAAACAGAAGGAAUCCCACCUGAAGCACCUUGGCCUGCUAACGAUUCGGGCGGCGUGCGAAGAAAAACAACGGCGAGCGGAACAGAAACCUGCGGCUCCGGCGCCUGUGUCCACCUCACCGUCGGCGGCCGAUAUGAUGCGCGACGAUGGCCACACGGUGGCCGGCAGGGACGGAUGGCUGGCGGCGGCCAUCAGCCAAUCUGCGGCCGGCAGCGGCAGUGGUGGCGGCGGUCGAAGUGGCAAUAAAUCAACGCGCAGCUCGAAGGAUGAGUACACGGUUUCGAUGAAAACCGUACUGAUGAAGGGCGGCUCCGGUGGGGCGCGCGGUAGCGAGAAGCGCAAACAGCAACGGAUGCCCCUGAAGAUGACGUUUCAGAAGGGAAAGGGCAAAGGCAGCGGAGGCGGUGGCAGCGGUGCCACCCGACGCAACUCAUCCCACGGUGGCGGCAGCGGCAGCAACAGCAGCGGAUUCUCCGGCACUGCGAACCACCACGUUAGCAACGGUGGUUCCGGUUCUGCCAGCGGCUACGUCACCGACGGUGGUCCGAACAACGGCGGCGGACAAGACUUCUACACGAUCCACAGUAACGAGGCUGACCACCACUCGUCCAAUUCCUCCGAUGGACACACUCACCGCGGAGAGGGUGGAAGGAAAAGUCACAGUCGAUCACACACCACCGAUGGUGUUGGUCCAGCGGACGCUGUUAGUGGAGAGCCCUCGUCGUCGAAGGAGGCAAUACAGACGUCGUUGGUUAUCCCGGAGAAGGCUUCAUCGUUCAACGUGCACCCGGAACGCCUAUGCCAGGAUCAGUGCUUUUACUGUGGUGGCAAGUUCGGUCUGUUCGAUACGCCCUGUCACAUUGCUGCCCUUAAGUCGACCGAGCGACAGCAGAAGAUUUUACUUGUUGAAUCCAAAAUCUCGCUCGACAGCUGCCUGUGCGAUGCGUGCUUCCGGCACGUGGACCGCAAAGCGAAUUGCCCAUCGCAAAAGAAAAAGGUUACUACUGCCACCGCCGCCACCACGCCUGCGUCAUCGUCCUCGACUAGUGGCGCUACUGGCCCCGCCUCUCAGACGACCGUCUCUCCGAUUGUGAUCAAAGUGACCACCAACAAGGACGGUUCGACGAGCAUCGCCGGCCAACAGCAGCAGCAGCAGCAGCAACACCCGCCACACUCGGUGAUCGAUGAUGGCAGCGGUGGUAAGGUGCGCGAAAACUGCGCCGUCCGGCAGUGUACCGCAAACACCGUGCAGUCCCUGCGCCGGAAGUGGGUGCUGAAGAUGAAGCGCAAAAUUUGCAAACACCUGGACAUUAAUCUCGAGCAGGCGACCAAAGCGACCGCCGAAAGUAUCUUCAUCUGUAACAAGCACUACGAGCAGAUCGGCCACCUGAUGAUAUGCGCCAUGUGUACGAAACCGCUCCAGCGGAACCACGUGUACCAUGUGUAUAAUAAUAUUUCACAAUUAGAGCGCCUGAUCCAGGAGCAGGGCAUACCGGGCCUGAGGCUGAGCAGUUCGGAGCUGGUCGUGUGUAAAUUAUGUAAAUAUUAUGCUAAUCUAUUGCUUAAGCCACCGGAUGCCAAAUCCCAAAAGGCUCAAUUUAUUAAGAGCUACAAUCGAAGAUUGUACAAUACACGGAACCGGAACAGCGAGUCACAGGAGGAGGAAGUCGAGAUGGUGCAACACGUUGAUCCAUCGUUUGCGCUGAUGAACGCGUCUGCGUGUGCCGCCGCCCGGCAACCGGCGACCGUGGACAUUGUUAUUUCGGACGGUGACGACGAGGAGGCGGAAGACGAAGAAGAGGACGUCCGGGAGUGCCCUUCGCAGCCGGUGGUGGACCACCAAACGUUCCAAUCAGUGUCCGAUCUGUUCUCAAUAGGCGACAGUUCCGUGUCGUUGCAGCGGCGUGUGAACUCGAGAAAAUCGCCGGAUGUGAGCAUCGUCGAGAACAAUGGGGCAACACAAAUGGGCGACCUGGGCGAGAUCACCAUCACACCGACGACGAAAAGUUUGUCCUCUGCCACCGGCUGCAUCAACCAGCACCAGGCGCCGCCGUCGGCACCACGGGAUGACGACAAUAUCGACAUGACGAAGGUGCUGAAAUCGAAUCCAAACAUUUCGAUGCGUGAACUGUUCCCGGGCGAGGAGGAGCUGGGCAUUCACGUGAACAUUCCGUUCAGCUCGUCGUCGACACGCACACCGGAGGGUUGGACCAAGGCCACGGCCACCAUCCAGUACGACGAUAGUACGCGAGCGUUGUGGGAGGAGCUGCAGGAACCGUACGGCAAUCAGUCGAGCUUCCUGCGCCAUCUGAUACUGCUCGAGCGCUACUUCCGCAACGGGGAGCUGGUCCUGUCGCCGCAGGCCAAAACCAGCGCCACGAGCUACGCGGAAGCGAUGCAGAACCGGUUACGCUCGUACGACAACAAACCGACUCCAUCGUCACCGCCGGCACUCGCUUCACUGACCCCUUCGACAUCCGUCGUUCUGCCGGUUCAGCUCGACAAGGCUACCAACAUUAUGCAACAGUUUAGCAACGCAACCAUCACCAUUGUGCCGGCAUCCCGUGUACGGCCGAAGGCGACAGCAACGAGUGCGGCCGGUGGCCCCAGUGUGGUGGAUGGUUCGUCAACGGCGGCACCGAUUAGUUUGCUGAAAUCGAACAACCUUCACCUGAGCAGUGGCGGCAGCAGCAGCGACCACCAUACGGCCGCAAGUAGUUUAAAGCGUAAACUUUCGAACGAAAGCAAGUCGCUUGCGCCGCCACCGUCCCUUGCAGCGGUGGUGACCCCCAUGCCUGUUGCGAAGGUGGCCAAACUAGACGAUCCCUCGAAGCUUUCUCCUUCGUCCAUGCCACCGGAGCUGAUUAGCAUCAAUCGCAAGCCGAACGUUACGAUCACCACCAUUCCGGUGGCUCGUUUUGCGCCACUUCCACCGCAACAGCAAUCGCUUCUGCAACCAACAUCAUCGCAGUCACUGUUGCAACAGCAACCAGCACAGCCGCAGGCACUGGUGCCUGCGGUGAGCCAUAUCGCUUCAAAGCAAUCGCCACCCGUCGCGGGCACCGCAGAUGGGUCGAGUGCCGCUGCGAAGGAAAUCAUUCAAAUGCCGGACCAGCUAACGGAAGCGGAGCGCCGCAAAUCGUCACCGCCGUGGCGCCCGACGCUUCUCCCGAUCGCACCGGGCGUAACGGAGAGCCUGAAAGCGGGCCCGCAGUACAAGACGGCCGACGGUCGGUUGCUCCCGAAGCUGGUGCAGGUAAUGUCGGGCGGCAAGCCGUACCACAUUUCGAUCAACGACUACAACCGAAUGUGCAUCCUGCGACGGGAGAAGCUUUUUCAGCAGCAGCAAAACUUGCUACUGUCGGGCAACAAGCGCCCAGGGCUGCAGCAGCCACAGCCGCAGCCCACAACGAAACACGCUUCGUCAUCCAUUUCACCUUCGGCGCUUCCUAGCCUGCGUUUAAGUACGACCAUUUCGGACGGGACAGCGACCACGGUUAGCCAACCGGUGGCCACGGCGAAAAUGGUGCAGAUUCCGAAUCAAAUUUUCGAGCAAAAUUCACUGAUCCCAAUCAUCGGCACGACGAGCGCCGGGGGGACCACCAAGCUCGGUACGACGGCCGGGUCACACAAAAGCAGCAGCCUUACGGUAACCAUGACUACUACUACUUCAGCCAGCAACAAUAACAAUAUUAACAGCCUUACGAAAAUGAACAGCGCCGCACCGAAACCGCUGUCACUGCCCAACAGUACCACCGUGUACCCGAUGACAAUUACGGCCAACACGAUCACGCUUCCGUCGGCCGCGUACUCGGCGGCCUCCGGUGUGGCCACCUCCUCACCCGUCUCCAAUAGUUCCGUCACGUCGUCGUUAAUGCUGACCUCGACACCGUCACCGUCGCUUAUGAGCAGCGGCAGCAGCAACGUACAGCUCACGCUAAACUCCGGAACGGCGGCACCGGUGGCGACCAGCAAUAAUCCGAUUGAGCAGCUACUGAAAAGUGGCAACCUGGUGUCGCAGGCUCAACUGCAUGCGUUCGUGGCGGCCGCCGCAGCCGCCGGGAUGGCAGGGACGACCGGGUUGGGCAGCAGCAGCACCACGAUCGAUAAUUCGGCCGCUCAGCUGCUUUCGAAGAUACCAAAAUCAUUAACUGUGAUACCACAACAGAAACAAAGAUCAAUGUCCCGCGUUUCCUCGAACGAGGACCAAAACAGUGCCUAAAGAGAA